GCCCCUAUAAACGCACACAGACUAACCCUCGCCUAUAUUUAAACUCUUGACAGAACACAGCAGCGGUCAUUUACAAAAUCUUGGCAAACUUCAGCAUUUUUUAAUCGUCGGGGCAUAUACAAGCUUUAGUUUUAGUGAUAAAGAUAAACGUGUAUGUAUAAAUCAUCCACUCGGUAAAUGUAAAUCAGAAACAAACUUCGAAAAAUUUGUCCAAGGAGUAUAUGCUUACAGGAAUAGUCGGAUUUAAGUCGUUGUUGUUUUGUUGGAGCUGUGGUAUGGAUAUGUUUUGAUAAGUUCUCGACUAGAGGAAGGUCGCAUAGGACCAGGAGUUCACAUUCCUUCAGAAUAACAUACCAAGAAACUUCUCAGAAUGGAUUCAGCAAAAUGUCUGUUAUUAGGCUUGGGAAUUUCAUUAUGUGUCUUUUCGUUGGUGUCAUGCAUCGAUGCCAAAGAAAAGGCUAAAAAGAUUCACGCCCCAAGCUAUGCGAGCAAGAUCGAUUUGGUACAAAAGGUAGACGAAGGACACCACCGGUGGCGACGUGACACCGAUGAUGAUGAUGACGACGACGAGGAGGACAUCGAUCCGGCGAUUGCUGAGUUGGACAGAAUCCUUGCCGAAAUACGAGCCACACAUGAGAGCGCCCAAUACAUGGCAGGGCAUACGAGAGCAAGUAGUAACCAAUAUCAAGUGAGGCUUCAGGGAGGAUCAUCAGAAUAUGAAGGUAGGGUGGAGAUCAGAUACCAAAACCAGUGGUACAUGGUAUGUGAUGAUGGCUGGGGUAUCGAGGAAGCUAACGUCGUCUGCAACCAGCUGGGUUAUGAUGGAGCCCAGUCAGCAGUUCAAUUGGCAGCAAUUGACUUUGGGAGUAAUAGUAAUGGUUUUGCUAUGGACGAUGUAGUAUGCUCUGGAACGGAGUCAGAACUCAUCAAAUGUUCUUACCGAGGAUGGGGAUCACACAACUGUGAAAGUGUAGAAGCUGCAGGAGUCAGAUGUGUGGAGAGAGCGACACCCAACAGAGCCAUUAGGUCGGUUCAAGGUGCACCAGCCAGUCCAGAUUCUUCUGGGAUUGUUUUGCGGUUCAAUAUAAAUGAGAUUCCACCCUGGCUUCAAAGCAUCCUUGGGUCCAAACCUGAAGCAUCAAACCAAGGAGAUGCCCCAAGCUCUGGGACAGGUGGAGGGGCAGGUGAAACAGGGACAAGUGGGACAACUGGAUCAGAUGGAGGCACUCAAGUCGUCAGAGCAAGAGACCCCGAGUGUUACACUAUGUCGAAUGGUCAGGAUUACAGGGGCGUGGUCUCCCAGACCAUCUCAGGGUACACCUGUCAACAAUGGAAUGUUCAGACACCCCACAUCCAUAGCUACACCCCUGCCCAGUACACAGGGAUCCUAGGGAAUCAUAACCAUUGUAGGAAUCCAGGAACAUUCUCACAGCCUUGGUGCUAUACUACCGAUCCUCGUAUCAUCAGGGAGUACUGUGAUGUGGGUAACCCCAGGACAUCGUGCACCGCAGCAGCCCAGGCUGACCAAGGCAAUGCUGAAAUAACUGAUCAUCUCUCUCUGUUUGCUCGUAUUCCUGCUGCAUUUCUUGCUGGUCACAAUGAUGGGACCUUUUCCGUGGCUACGUCUGAACUCUGUGCCCAGAAAUGUAUUCAGGAGAGGACCUUUGUAUGUAGGUCGUUUGAGUACAAUGAGCAGUCUAAUGAGUGCUUUACUAGCUCCAGUAACUCAAGAGAUGCAGAUCUUACACUUCUAACCACAUCUCAGAUUAACUUCUUUGAGAGGUUGGAUAUUGGUCCAAUCUCCCUAUUUGACAUGACACCUAAUUCUGCAAUGCCUGGUAACAACAUAGAAUCUUUGUCAGCAGUAUCUCUGGAGGAAUGUGCUGAGAAGUGUCUUACUGCUUCUUGGCCUUGUGCUUCCUUUGACUUUGCCAGACGUGCCAAUAGGUGUUGGCUGAGUAAUAAGUCUCCAAGUCAGGUGGCCAUUAGGAGUGAUUUCCCUGAGAAUCCUUAUGACUUCUUUGCUAGGAGAGGUCCAGCCACUCCGAACUGUUAUUCAGGCAAUGGAGAGAAUUAUCGUGGAUUUAGCUUCACUACAGUGCAAGGAAGACAAUGUACUAACUGGCAAGCAGCAGCUCUUGAUCGUGUAGGAGUAACACCUGCCCUCUUUCCUGAUGGAGGAAUUGGGAAUCAUAAUUUCUGCCGCAACCCGGACAGUGACCGUCGACCAUGGUGUUAUUACAAGGACCCUGGCUCGUCAACUGUAACCGGAUGGAUGUAUUGUAACAUAACCGUUUGUUCAACUACCACAGCGCCACCAACGGAAAGACCAGCACCUCAACCGCCGGUACCAACCCAAGCUCCAUCGGGUCCUGUACCUGUAUCAAGAGGGAAACCUGCCUUCCAGAGUUCAACCUUUACCUCAGGUGGUGUAAUGUACCACGCGAGCCUAGCUGUCGAUGGCAACGCAAACCCAACCUUUGAUCAAGGAUCCUGCUCCAGAACUCAGCACAGAGCGAAUUCAUGGUGGUACGUUGAUCUACAAGGAACCUAUGAUGUUAAUACUGUGGUCAUAGUCAACAAAGAUACUCAAGGAGAGAGGCUACGUGGAUCAAUGGUCUCCAUUGGUUCGUCUGCUACCGAUCCAUCAAGCCGCACCCAGUGUGGUCGUAUCACACGAGGCAUGACGGCCGAAGCUAACAGCUACCCUCACAAGCGCAUCAGGAUUGAUUGUCCUAACUCCAUCAGGGGGCGCUAUGUUCAUAUUGGUUCACCUCGUAAGGAUUAUCUUUCAUUCUGUGAGGUAGAGGUCUAUGGAACACCUUCAUCUCCUACACCAGCUCCUGAACCUGCAGUCACUUGUACCGCAUCUGAAUUUGAGUGUACAUCAGGAAGUGUAUCGUGUGUUGCUGAAAGACUGCAGUGCAAUGGAGAAAAUGACUGCACAGAUGGAAGUGAUGAAGCUGGGUGUCGUAAGUCACAUGUAUCUUUUAAAGACAAUGUGUUACAGUCACUUUUGACAACACCGGCUAAAGACCUAAGCUAGACAUGUAAUUCAUUG